GUCUUUGUUAUGGAGUUUACUUCAAAUUUUCUUAUUUCCCUCUUCCUCCUUUCAUUAUCAACCCUAUUCCUCCUCCACCGCAGCAGAAACUCCGCCGUAUACCGCCGGUUUCCUCCAGGACCACCAAGAUGGCCAAUUCUUGGCAACUUGUUGGAUCUUGGUUCUAUGCCACACAGGACCUUAACCGACUUGAAACAAAAAUAUGGUGACAUUAUCGGUCUAAGGCUAGGUGCUGUGAACACUAUGGUCAUCCUUUCAGCUAAGGCUGCUUCUGAGUUGUUCAAAAACCAUGAUCUCUCGUUCGCUGAACGCACCAUAACCGAAACCAUGCGAGCCCAUGGCUACGACCAAGGCUCCUUGGCUCUAGCCCCUUACGGUUCUUACUGGCGUGUUUUGAGGCGUCUAGUCACAAUGGAUAUGCUCGUAAACAAACGCAUCAAUGAAACAGCCUUCAUAAGAAGAAAAUGUGUGAAUGAAAUGGUGCGAUGGAUUGAAGAGGAAUCCCACAAAGUUGAGAAUAAGACUUGUGGAAUUCAUGUAGCGAGGUUUGUGUUCUUAAUGUCAAUUAAUUUACUUGGAAAUCUCAUGUUUUCGCAUGAUUUAGUCGAUCCAGAAUCGAAAGAGGGGUCAGAAUUUUUCACAGCAAUUAUGGGAUUAAUGGAGACUUCAGGGUAUGCAAAUGUUGCAGAUUAUUUUCCAUGGUUGAAGUGGCUAGACCCUCAAGGAUUGAAGAGGAAGAUGGAGAGGGAUCUUGGGAAAGCUAUGGAUAUUGCUUCUAAGUUCGUUAAAGAAAGAGUUGAAGAGAACAAGAAGAAGAUGGUGGGAGACAAGAGGAAGGAUUUUCUGGAUGUAUUGCUUGAGUUUGAAGGUAAUGGGAAGGACGAGCCUGAUAAAUUUUCCGACCGAGAUGUCAACAUUUUCAUACUAGAAAUCUUUAUGGCCGGUUCAGAAACCACGAGCAGUACCAUUGAAUAUGCAUUGACAGAGCUCCUAUGCAACCCUGAAUCAAUGACCAAGGCCAAAGCUGAACUUGCUUCAGUAAUAGGAGCAAACAGAAAGGUUGAAGAGAGUGAUAUCGACAAUCUUCCAUUCUUGCAAGCCGUGGUAAAGGAAACACUUCGUUUGCAUCCUCCAAUUCCAUUCCUAGUUCCUCGAAGAGCAAUUGAAGACACCCAAUUCAUGGGGUAUGAGAUUCCCAAGAACACACAAGUUCUUGUAAACGCUUGGGCUAUUGGAAGAGACCCAGAUAUAUGGGAUUACCCCCUGUGUUUUAACCCUGAGAGGUUCAUUGGGUCCAAAGUUGAUUACAAAGGGCAACAUUAUGAGUUGAUUCCUUUUGGGGUUGGAAGAAGAAUGUGUGCAGGAGUAUCACUAGCCCAUCGAGUUCUUCACCUGGUUUUGGGUUCUAUGCUUCACCAAUUUGAUUGGGAAAUUGAAAGCAAUGUCAAUCCAGCAGAUGUUGAUAUGAGAGAUAGGCUAGGCAUUACAAUGCGCAAAUUGGAGCCAUUGCGAGCAGUUCCUAAAAAAUGUAAUAUGUUAUUGGGAUAA